AUGGCAAGCGACAAGAAGACACCCCUGGGCUCCACUGAGAACCCGAUCAAGUUCAUGGAUCAGGAUUUUCAGACUCUCCUAGAAGAGUGCCUGAAAUCCGGAGAUCUGUUUGUUGAUCCAACUUUUCCAGCUGAGCAGAAGUCCAUCGGUAUGCCGGAGGAUCCGGAUCCAAAGAAGGCGAUCAAGUGGCAACGACCCAAGGAAAUCAGUGAGAAUGCCGUGUUUGUGGAGGGCACAACUGGGACUACCGACAUCUGCCAGGGCCAACUGGGUAACUGUUGGCUGCUGGCAGCCCUCUCUUGUCUGACUAUGCACCCCACACUCUUUGUGAAAGUGGUGCCACCCGGACAGAGCCUGUCUAAGCCUUACGUAGGGAUCUUCCACUUCAGGUUCUGGCAGUAUGGUGAGUGGGUGGAGGUGGUGGUGGAUGACAGGCUGCCAGUACGAGAAGGCCGUCUGCUCUUCAGCUACUCUCACACCCGCCAUGAGUACUGGAGCGCCCUGGUGGAGAAGGCCUAUGCCAAGCUUGUUGGAAGCUACGGAAGCCUGAAGGGUGGCAACAUCUCAGAGGGGAUGGAAGAUUUUACAGGAGGCAUCGCUUACUCACUGGAAGUUUCCUCUCGUACCCCUCAGGUCCUCUGGAGGUCUCUGACAGCUGCUCUGUCUAGAGGCAGUCUGCUCAGCUGCUUCAUAGAGGCCAGCAGCUAUCGUGACGUAGGUCAAGUGACAGGAGACGGGCUAAUAAAGGGGCACGCUUACGCCAUCACCGACACUGACAAGGUGAAAAAAGGUUCAGAUGAGGUUUUGCUGCUGAGACUGAGGAACCCAUGGGGUUUUGUUGAAUAUCGUGGACCCUGGAGUGAUAAGAGUAAAGAGUGGGACCAAGUGGACAAAGUAGAGAAGGAAAGGAUUGAACUGAAGAAGAAAGAAGACGGCGAGUUCUGGAUCAGUUCAGAGGAUUUCUCCCACCUGUUUGACAUCGUGGAGCUCUGCAGUGUUAACCCUGACACUCUCGUUGAGGGAGGCACACCUACCUCUCCUUCCUCUCCGUCUGUCUGGACCAUCAGUGAACAUGAAGGAUUCUGGAUAUCGGGCAGCACUGCUGGUGGAAGCCGCAGAUACCAUAGGUCAUUCUGGAAGAAUCCACAGUUUGAGCUGGUUCUCACAGAGCAGGACCAACCAGAAGAGGACGAUGAAGAUGACGAUGAUGAUGACGAUGAUGAGGAGGAGAUGACCCCAGAGGAAAAGAAGAGAGCAGAGAAACAGAAGCGGAAAGCCAAACAGUGCACCGUGCUGGUGGAGCUGCUGCAGAAGAACCGCAGGAAGAAGGAUAAAGUCCACUUUCUCUACAUAGCUUUCCACAUCUACAAGGUCCCACCUGAGCUGCAGGGUGUCUGCCUGAGCCGCAACUUCUUCCAGAAAAAUCGCCCUGUAGGUCGCUCUGGGAAAUAUCAAGCUCAGAGAGGAGUUUGGAGGAAGAUUCAUCUGGACCCUGGUAACUACAUCAUCGUGGCCUCCACCUAUCGACCCAACAUCCCUGGAGAUUUCUUCGUCCGCAUUUUCUCCAAGACUGGAAACACCCUCGGCACUCAGGACUUCACCUGCUCCUCUGGCUUCCUCCCUGUUAUGGCUGCUCCUGUUCGCCCGGAGGAUCAUGUCAGAGUUGAAAAAACGUUUGAUGAGGAGGCUGGCCCUGAUGACCGACUGAAUGCCCAGGAGCUCAUGAAUCUGGUCAACUCAGUUUUGGAGAAAGAUUACCAUCUGCCUCUGGAGACGUGCAGGCAGCUCAUCUUUGCAGAGCAUACUAAAGGGCGCUCCAGUCUCAGCCGUAAACAAACAGAAACCAUGCUGUCCAAUCUGCGCACUCUGCAGUCCAUCUUCUUCCAGUUUGACGAGGACUCUUCUGGCACCAUGAGCCCCUUUGAGCUCAACUCAGCAAUGGAAGCUGUUGGGAUGAAGUGUGAUGGUCAGGUAGCUCAGCUGCUCUCUGCUCGCUUUGCAUCUGGAGAGCUUCACCUACCCUUCCACGGCUUUGUGUCCUGUGUCACAAGACUGUCCAAACUCUUUGCUCUGUAUGAGUCAGAGACCAGUCAGGAGGUGAAAGACAAAGGGAUUAACUCUUGGCUGCUUCAGUUCCUUGUGUUGUGAAGACGCUGAUCUAAGAGGGACUCCAUGUAAAAAAAACAGCUUAUCCCCAGUCUGUUGGUGCUUCUGAAACAUAUGCAAUGCACACAUAUAAACUUUUAUCUUUUAUA